AUGUCAUCAACAACCAACACACUGUGGGUCUGUGACAGGCAAAACAACAUCACAGAGCUCGUGUCAGGUCGGCUGGUGCAAAGAUUUAGAACAAAGGAGGAACCACAGUUUAUAUGUAUCACAGCUAGUAACCAUAUCAUUGUGGGGAUGACCAAACACAUAUCUAGAUUUACCACGAAAGGUACAUUGGUACGUUCAUCAUUGGCAGAGGGGACUGGGAACCCAUUAGUGUGUAGACCAUACAGGAUAUCAGAGUGUCCUGUCACUCACAAUGUCGCAGUGGCUGAUUUGGAUAGUACAGGUAAUGGUGGUGAAGGAAAACCACAUGUUGUUGUCAUGAACACAGAUUUCAAGGAACUAUUUGUAUAUGAUGGUGAGGUUCCACAUACAUAUCAACAAACAUCACAGUCAGAAGGUGAACCUUUUAUCCCCUAUAGUGUGGUGUAUGACACUGUGGGUAACCUAGUCAUAGCGGACUGUAACAACAACCGUAUCCUACUCAUCAGUGGGCGUGGUGAGUUCCUCAGGCUCUUACACACAGAUGACCACUGGACACAGGCUAUUGGUGUAGACAGGGAGGAUGUUCUGUGGGCAGUGUUCGGGCUUAACAAAGUCAAACUAUUACGGUACAGCAGUGUGUGA